UCUCUAGCAUCCUAGUAAAAGAGCAGAGCAAAUGAAAAGUACACGUGAAAGGAUGAUGCCAAAAUCAACUAAGGAUGUGUUCGGUAUGAAGAAAAUAUUUUCCAUGGAAAAUGUUUUCCAGGAAAGUCCUACACAUGGACAGGAAUGACUACUAUGGAGGAGAAUCGACAUCCCUCAAUCUUGUCCAGCUCUAUAAGAGGUUCAGGGGAAGUGACAAGCCCCCAGCUCAAUUGGGUUCUAGCAAGGAAUAUAAUGUUGACAUGAUCCCUAAGUUCAUUAUGGCCAAUGGUGCACUUGUACGAGUUCUAAUCCACACCGAUGUCACAAAAUAUUUAUACUUCAAAGCUGUUGAUGGCAGCUUUGUGUAUAAUAAAGGAAAGGUCCACAAAGUGCCUGCCACAGAUAUGGAGGCACUUAAAUCUCCUUUAAUGGGCAUAUUUGAGAAACGCCGUGCUCGGAAAUUCUUUAUCUAUGUUCAAGAUUAUAAGGAGAGUGAUCCAAAGACACAUGAAGGGAUGGAUCUAACAAGAGUCACAACAAGAGAGCUUAUUGCAAAAUAUGGUCUUGAUGACAACACUGUGGAUUUCAUUGGUCAUGCAUUAGCAUUACACAGAGAUGACCGCUACUUGGACGAACCUGCCUUGGAAACGGUGAAGAGAAUGAAGCUGUAUGCUGAGUCUGUUGCACGUUUUCAAGGAGGAUCACCAUAUAUCUACCCUUUAUACGGAUUAGGAGAGCUUCCCCAGGCAUUUGCUCGGCUUAGUGCUGUGUAUGGUGGGACCUAUAUGUUGAACAAACCUGAAUGCAAGGUGGAGUUUGAUGAAGAAGGAAAGGUCUGUGGUGUCACUUCAGAAGGAGAGACAGCUACGUGCAAGAAAGUUGUGUGUGAUCCUUCUUACUUGACCAACAAGGUUAGAAAGGUUGGAAAAGUUGCAAGAGCUAUUGCAAUUAUGAGCCACCCAAUUCCAAAUACCAGUGAUUCUCACUCGGUGCAAAUUAUCUUACCCCAAAAACAAUUGGGCCGUAAAUCUGAUAUGUACCUGUUCUGUUGUUCGUACACUCAUAAUGUUGCUCCAAAGGGCAAAUUCAUUGCAUUUGUCUCAACAGAGGCAGAAACUGAUAAUCCAGAGAGUGAACUGAAGCCUGGCAUUGAUCUUCUAGGGCAAGUGGAUGAGAUAUUCUUUGAAGCAUAUGACAGAUUCGAACCUGUCAAUGAGCCCUCUUUAGAUAAUUGCUUUAUUUCUACUAGCUAUGACGCCACAACUCACUUUGAGUCGACUGUUGACGAUGUCCUCAAUAUGUAUACCCUGAUAACUGGAAAGGUUCUGGACCUCAAUGUGGAUCUAAGUGCUGCGAGUGCCGCUGAAGAAUGAGAUGGUCUCUUGCCCUCUUGUACUUCUACGUACUUUGCUUUGGGUUAUUCCUUGUUGUGUCAUAAAAUCGUGGUAGGAUGUAAUGAAGACAUUGACUAAUUGUAUGUUCUCUCUCUGUUCUGAGUUAAGAGUUAUUGCCCUUAUAAAAAAUAAAAAUAUGCUUUGUAAUGCUCGAUGAGAUAAUGUUUGAAGUUGUUGAUACAUGUAUACGUGGGUCUAUCUUGCACUUG